AAAAAAUACCCACUCUUUACUGAAUCACCUUCAUUGGUUCCAUCACUGCCACCCACAUGCUCUGCGUGCUGAAAGGAGAACAAAACGCUCUUUUAAAAAAUCUCUUCAAAGACAAAGCUGACUUUUAUUGUUAUUAUUUUUUUUAAUUUAGUGAAUGCCAAACAUUUUGGUCACAGCUAAUUUGAGGCAGUCAGGUGCUCCAAAAACGUAUGCUUUUGGUUGGGUUGCUGACUGAGCAGUCAUCAGAGCAGUGACAUUUUGGACCAGCUGAGAAGGUCGCCAGAGCUGUGACCUUUUGUGACAUACUUUGAUCUGUUCCUUAGUCUUCCUUCGUGGACAUGCCCUGGAUUCUGUCUUUUUUUUGGUGCUAAGUGCUUGUAUUGUUGUUCUUUAUUGUCUUAGUGACUCAGAAUAUUCAAGAAGCUGCAUGCAAUGUUAACAGGAAUUGAGGCUGUGGCUUUUGUUCUUUUGGCUGUAAUAAAUAACCCCUGAUUAUUGAAAUACAAUCAUCUUUUAGCUAAACACAAAUUUAGGGACAUUGCAACCACUUUCUUCAGGAUCUGUAGUUAAAUAGGGCUUUAGCACAAGCAGUAUUCAUCUCUUGGGGGAUUCAGCUGCAUAGCUGUGUGUACACGUGCACUGAGGUGCUUUGCUUUGUUACCUGCAGUAUAUCUGAUCCCUUUGGUAGCACCCUUCUCUGAGCUGCUUUCACACAGCGUUGGGCUCUGGAUCUGAACUGUGCCCAUUCACUCUUAUUCUGGGACACAUAAAGAUGCUCGUGCUGAAGAGGGUAUCUUGAGCCAUAGUAAACUAUAGUGUCAAUAUUGAUAUCAUGGGUGCCCACUGAGGGCUGGGUCCUAGGUCUCUUUAUCAUUGGUUGCAGUGCUUUCUUUCUUACUCUGUGAUGGCAAGAUCAAGGCUGAGGUGGUGUAAGCAGAAGCAGGACCUGUAGGAGCUGGUUUGGAGACUGUCAGCAAUCAAUUUCUGCCCUGUAUCAAGUGUUUACAGAUAUGUUUUUUUUUUAUCCCGGGGAGCACAAAGACUUUCUGCUUCUAAAUAUUUAGAAAUGAGUCUGUCCCAGCGUGCAUAAAGGAGCCAUUCUCUUUCUGUGUACCCAGCCCGUGAAGGCCUUUGACAGCCAACGUUACAAAAGGGCUUUGACCGCACACAUGGCUUGAAGGGUUACUUUGUGAACUGAAUAAUUAGUUUAGACGUAAAUUUGAUAAAUAGCAAGCUCUCCCUUGACCUUUCCUUGCCCAGGCUGUGUGUUAUCGUUCUGCUGGGCAGCUAAUUUAGCCUCUUCCCCAUGCAGUGAUGCUGGCCUUGAGUGCCCGCUCGGAGCCCUCGCCUGGUGCAAUAACAACGUGUUUCAGUUCUUUUAAUUUAGGUCAAAUUUCAAAGGACUAAUUUAAGAUUUCCACAAGGGACAGCCUAAUUCUGUGUCUUGUGGAAAAAAAAACCAAACCAAAACAAAAACAUCAUAGUUUAAAAUGGCCCUGAAUGCUUGUUUGGGAAUCUGCUAGGAGCUGUGGUGAGCGAGGCCUUCUGUGGACUCCGGAGCGACCAAAGAUUUGUCACCUGAGCUCUAUCUCAGUUCACGGACGCUGAACAACAUACAAACACAUUCAGCGUGGUACCCAGAGGAGUAUGGAGCUUUUUGUAAGCACACUGCUUUAUCUGCAGGCUCGAAGGGUUGAACGUUGCAGGUGGUCACAGCGUGGUGAGCUGCUUCGUUAAGUGUUGUGCCCCACCUGAUGAGGUCACAGGGUCCUGCAGGGUGUCUCUCAGGAACCAUUCUGUGAUGAUUCCAUGACCAUGCAGCGGAUGGAAGGAAGGCUGAGUGGCAGUGGGAUGCCUGCUGUCACCCAGAGCAGUGUGCACGCUCGGUGCAGCUGACCCUCUCUAUGUUGUGGACUGUAAGGCAUGGAUGCACCUCUGGGUCAGAGCCGCCAACCAAAUACCAAAUCUCUCAGCCAGAUGUACACUCAGCACUUCCAGGAGAACCACUUGAGUUGCGCUGUCAAUUGAAAGACGCCGUCAUGAUCAGUUGGACUAAGGAUGGGGUCCCUUUGGGGCCCGACAAUAGGACAGUGAUUAUUGGGGAGUACUUACAAAUUAAAGAUGCUUCACCCAGAGAUUCGGGCCUCUAUGCUUGCACUGCUAUUAGGACCCUAGACAGUGAUACUCUGUACUUCAUUGUAAAUGUUACAGAUGCUCUGUCUUCUGGGGAUGAUGAAGAUGACAAUGAUGGGUCUGAGGACUUUGUGAAUGACAGCAACCAGAUGAGGGCGCCUUAUUGGACACACACAGACAAAAUGGAGAAAAGGUUACACGCAGUGCCAGCAGCAAACACUGUCAAGUUUCGUUGCCCAGCCAUGGGAAACCCAACACCAACCAUGAGAUGGCUGAAAAAUGGGAAAGAGUUUAAACAAGAACAUCGUAUUGGCGGCUAUAAGGUCCGCAACCAGCACUGGAGUCUCAUCAUGGAGAGUGUAGUUCCUUCUGACAAAGGAAAUUACACGUGCAUCGUGGAAAACCAGUAUGGCUCCAUCAACCACACUUACCAUCUCGAUGUUGUCGAGCGAUCACCGCACCGGCCCAUCCUCCAAGCUGGCCUUCCAGCAAAUGCCUCAGCUGUAGUCGGAGGUGAUGUCGAGUUUGUCUGCAAAGUCUACAGUGAUGCUCAACCCCACAUUCAGUGGAUAAAACACGUAGAGAAGAAUGGCAGUAGAUACGGACCAGAUGGACUGCCUUACCUUCAGGUUUUAAAGGCUGCCGGUGUUAACACUACGGACAAAGAAAUUGAGGUUCUCUAUAUACGGAAUGUAACUUUUGAGGAUGCUGGGGAGUAUACAUGCUUGGCGGGUAAUUCUAUUGGGAUAUCCUUUCACACUGCAUGGUUGACAGUUCUGCCAGCUCCUGAAAAGGAAAAGGAAUAUCCAACAUCUCCAGACUACCUGGAAAUAGCAAUUUACUGCAUAGGGGUCUUCCUGAUCGCCUGCAUGGUGCUGACGGUCAUCCUGUGCCGCAUGAAGAACACCACCAAGAAGCCUGACUUCAGCAGCCAGCCCGCUGUCCACAAGCUGACAAAGCGAAUCCCUCUGCGCAGACAGGUAACAGUGUCGGCUGACUCGAGCUCCUCCAUGAACUCCAACACGCCUCUGGUGAGGAUAACUACUCGCCUGUCCUCCACUGCUGAUGCUCCAAUGCUGGCAGGGGUCUCAGAAUAUGAACUACCAGAGGACCCAAAAUGGGAGUUUCCAAGAGAUAAGCUGACGCUGGGUAAACCCCUGGGGGAAGGUUGCUUUGGGCAAGUGGUGAUGGCCGAAGCGGUGGGGAUUGACAAAGACCGGCCCAAAGAAGCAGUGACUGUGGCAGUGAAGAUGCUGAAAGAUGAUGCUACAGAAAAGGAUCUAUCCGACCUGGUGUCAGAGAUGGAGAUGAUGAAGAUGAUUGGGAAACAUAAAAAUAUCAUCAAUCUUCUUGGAGCCUGUACCCAGGAUGGUCCACUGUAUGUGAUUGUAGAAUAUGCUUCCAAAGGAAACCUGCGUGAGUACCUGCGAGCGCGCCGGCCUCCUGGGAUGGAGUACUCCUUUGAUAUUAACAGGGUCCCAGAGGAGCAGAUGACAUUCAAGGACUUGGUAUCCUGCACGUACCAGUUGGCAAGAGGCAUGGAAUACUUGGCUUCGCAAAAAUGUAUCCACCGAGACCUAGCUGCAAGAAAUGUUUUGGUAACUGAAAAUAAUGUCAUGAAAAUAGCAGACUUCGGUUUAGCCAGAGACAUCAACAAUAUAGAUUAUUAUAAAAAGACUACUAAUGGACGGCUUCCAGUAAAGUGGAUGGCUCCAGAAGCUCUGUUUGACAGAGUUUACACGCACCAAAGCGACGUAUGGUCGUUUGGUGUGUUAAUGUGGGAGAUCUUCACCUUAGGAGGAUCGCCCUACCCAGGAAUCCCAGUGGAGGAACUUUUUAAGCUGCUUAAAGAAGGGCACCGAAUGGAUAAACCUGCCAACUGCACCAAUGAACUCUAUAUGAUGAUGAGAGAUUGCUGGCAGGCUGUGCCUUCACAAAGACCAACUUUUAAACAGUUGGUAGAAGACUUGGAUCGGAUCCUUAUUCUCACAACUAAUGAGGAGUAUCUGGACCUCAGCGGACCUCUGGAGCAGUAUUCACCUAGCUACCCUGACACCAGGAGUUCGUGUUCUUCAGGUGAUGACUCUGUUUUUUCUCCUGAUCCAAUGCCUUAUGAACCUUGUCUUCCCAAGUACCAACACAUGAAUGGAAGCGUUAAAACAUGAAAAGAAGCAAGAACAUCAGGCUACCUACCACAUACAAAACAACAUCGUUUCUCCAGGACCCUAAAGAUUCUGCUUGUACAUAUGAAAUAUGGGAGAGAAAAAAAAAAAAAAAAA